ACGCCUCUUUUUGAAAAUGAAAUGUUUUUUUCUUUUUCGAUAUGAUCGAUAACUUACGAAAUAAGUUCUUGUUAACAAAAGAAAAAUUAUGCAAGCUGGCAACACCUCGUUCUCGCCUGGAGUUCCCUGGGCGAGAGCGGGCAGGCGAUGCGACAACGUAUAUUAGGAGACACCAUAACUGAAUGCUCAGAGUGCAGCUUCCAGUUGAAGUUCAAGAUGGCUCGUAACGUGGUAGUGACCUCCCUCCUCGUGGCUCUGUGUCUUGUGGCAGCAGUUUCUGGACACAGCACGUAUGGUAUUGGCGGACACAGACCUGUUGUCCACGGUAGUGGAGUGCUUGGUGGUGUCCACGGAGGCGUCCAUGGAGGCGUUCUUGGUGGUAGUCACAGCGGUGUCCUCGGAGGUGUUCACGGUGGUGUCCACGGAGGUAGUGUUCAUGGCGUAGGACUCGUAGGCUCUGGCAUCCACGGCGCAGGUCUCGUAGGCUCUGGCAUCCAUGGCGCUGGAUCCUUCAACACCGCUCAUUACCCUGGUCUUGUGCCUGGUUACAGCUUCUACGACCAGAGACCCUGCUCGGAUACAACAAGUGCAAGUACUGGUGCAAGAGUAAUUAUACCAACAAGUACUACUGCUGCCAGCGACCUUACCAAGGAUAGAUUCACAGUUCUUCUAUGAAAAGUAUUAUUUGUUUGUUAUAGCAUCAUUAAUGAUUUACUAAAAAAAUAAAACAUUGUUUCACAA